UACAAGUAUUUUUCGGUGCAUUUAGCCUUAACUUUCUCUUCCCAUUAAUAUUUUAUUUUGAGGGAUUUUUGUUUUGGGCUAUUGGUAUUUUGCAAACCUAUGUUGGUACACCGUGAUCGGCUGGUUAAAGUUCUCGUGUUUUUCCUAGUGUCAAAGAAGCUUGUCUGUAGUGGUCUGACAAGAAAUGGAUAUUGCCAUCUAGGGAGUCUAAUAAAAAAGGACACGCUAAUUUAAUAUAUAUUUCAAUCCGAAUUAUGUAUUAGGUCAUGCCAUCAUGCGUCAUGUCACGAUGUCCGACAUUGGCUGAGUGAAUAAUAAGAGAAAAGGAUUCUUAUCUGAAGACAGUAGGUUGGAUAAUAUUUAAGAUCAUGGUGGAGUGUUCUAUUAAUUGUUUUAGAGGUGACACAGUUGAAAAAUCACAAUGCUACCUAGAUCAAUUCUUGUUAUAGAAUUCUUCUGUAAAUAUUCUGUGAAACAUGUUAAGCCAAUAUAUUUCACAACAACAGGAUUACCAAUUCGUCAACUUGGUAUUUAUCAUAUUUGUGGAAAUGAUCUCUCAUCUUUGGGACUAGCAAAAAUUGUGGAGAAAUACCAUAAAAUAUGUCAAAAAAAUACUGUAAUUUGGGCUCGCUGUUUGACUGAUGAAGCUAAAAAGAAAGAUAGUGUAUUAGAGAAAUCAGUUUCUGGAAAUGUAGAAGAAAUAAUCAAAGCUCCUGUAUCGCCAAAGAAACGAAAACGUGUUGACCUUGCUGCAGUGUCGUUGGAAAGAAAUUUUAUAACUCCAGUGAGAGCUAUGACAGAUUUUCUUCUUAAACCUAGUGACUUGGAAGGUCUUCGUAAGACUAAACGUCGCUCUCCUUAUGAAAAUGAACCACCUAUUACUGUUUUCUGGCGGAAAGAUGUGGAAUCAAAAGCCAUGGAGGUUUGGGGAAGUAAAGAAAGUUUAGAUAGAGCUCUUCGAUUAAAAGAAGCAGAAAGGAGACGGCACCAACAAACAGACAUAUUUGAUGUUAAGAGAAGGCUUAAGGAUUAUAGGAGAGAGAAGCAACUGGAAGAAGACAAGGAAUCUAGAAAGUCUGGACUUUGGGGUCCAUCAGGUCGUGUGGUAUUGACAGCUGUUGUCAUAAAUGGCAGUAAUUUUCUCUUCAAAUUGUUUGCCUGGUUGUACACAGGAUCUCACAGCAUGUUCUCUGAAUGUAUCCACUCACUCGCAGAUACCAUUAAUCAACUUAUUUUGGCUUUUGGGGUUCACAAAUCUGUGCAAAGGGCAGAUUCAGAUCAUCCUUAUGGCUACAGUAAUAUGAAAUAUGUAGCCUCCCUUAUAUCGGGUGUCGGUAUCUUUUGCGUAGGCACAGGACUUUCUCUGUACCAUGGGAUAACUGGUCUCUUGCAUCCUGCCCCUUUGGAGUCCUUUUAUUGGGCAUUCUUUAUUCUGGGAGGCUCUUUGGUUUCGGAAGGGGCUACUUUGCUGGUUGCAGUGAACUCAAUAAAGAAGGGUGCAAAAGAGAGUAAUAUGCAAUUUUGGGAAUAUGUACUAAGAGGACAGGAUCCAAGUGUAAAUGUUGUUCUCAUGGAAGAUUUGGCAGCAGUGUUCGGUGUUGGUGUAGCUGGAGUGUGCAUGGGUCUUGCCACACAUUAUGGUAGUGCUAUACCAGAUGCUGUUGGCUCUUUGCUAGUUGGAGGUAUUCUUGGUGGAGUGGCAUCAUUUAUUAUAUACACAAAUGUGGCAGCAUUGGUUGGCAGGUCAAUACCUCAAGAAAGGUUAGACAAAAUAAAUUCUGAAUUAGAAGCUGAUGUAAUGAUUCGAGCAAUUCAUGAUGUGAAAGGUAUUGAUAUAGGUAAUUGUCUUGUACGUUAUAAAGCUGAAAUGGAUUUUGAUGGACGAGAACUCACCAGAAGUUAUUUGGAUAAGCAAGAUUUGAACGUAUUACUUGAGGAAGUAAAGGAAAUGAAGAAUAUAGAAGAGUUAGAAGGUUUUCUCUUGAAGCAUGGAGAAAAUAUAGUUGAUAUGAUGGGGGGUGAAAUAGAUCGCAUAGAAUUGAAGUUACGUAAAAAGCACCCAGAAAUUCGACAUUGUGAUUUGGAAAUUUUGUAACAUAAUCUGUGAUAGAACUAGGUAUGUAUGAAUGUCUGUCCGUCUAUUGGUGCUGUUACAAUGUAUAUACAUUUCCAUUUGUACAUAGUAUUUAUUUCUUUUAUAAUGUAUUGUCAUGUACAGCACAGCCUGAUAAAUAUUUAGUGAUCAGUAAUAAUCAAUGAAAUGGUUAAAUAUGUUUCAUUUUAAAAGUGAUACCAUUUGCACAGCUCGUUUUAACAGUAAGUGAUGCUUAAUAUUCAUUGGAAAUUAAACUUGUAUGUAAAUUGGAGAAAUGUUUACUGUGUUCCUAAAUGCAGCUCUACAAAAUAGCAAUAUAUUUAUAGGGAUAAAGAAUUUGGAGUUAAAAUCACUUUGUGUUAUUGUUUUGUAUAGCUUUGCAUUAUUGACUCUAAAAUCAAUCAGUUGUGAAAUAAUGAAUUGACCAGAUGUAGAAUUGAUUUGAAUUGUUAAAAGAGUUUAUUCAUUUUUUUUAUUUCCCUUCCUUUCCAUUGCAUUAGUAUAUGCAGAAUUCCAAAUAGUAAUUCAGUAUACUAAGUCCAGAGAUAUAUGAUGAGUAAAUGUUACACAAAAAUAUAUAAAUGGAACGUUCUGGUAAUACCUUUGAAGUUGCAUCUACUACAAAACUCUUAAUGUGUACAUAAAUCCAUUGAAAAAUUGGUUGGGUCUGACUUCCAAUAGUAGUCAUAUCGUUCUCAAUAUCUGAAAUGUCUGCAGUAUCUACAUUGUGUACAUACACAUUUAAAAACAGCAAAUGCAAGAAUCAGAAAGGAUUGUUAAUUCUUAUUACAUUGACAGGGUUAAUUGCAAGAUCAAGCCUUAGGACAUUGAAAUACAGUUGCACGGUAUAGAGUGAAAGAAUCUUCUUUAAGGAAACAAUUCAGGAUAUUAUCUAAUGUGAUAUUUAUGAACCUUUUUUUUAAUGGCUUAGUCCUCAAUCUUAUCAGUGUCCCAUUUCUAAUUUAGGAAGGUAAAAACAAAUCUGAGGAAAUGAAUUAUUGAAAUCAAUUAUAAAAUAACUGGGAAGGCUACUACAUCUCUUAUAAACUUCUUCUUUUAACAAACUAUCAAAAUGUCUUUAGUACUUUUGAGGAUGGUGUUAAAGGUGUUGCAAGGAGCAAACUUUAGUCAAGUUAACUUCAUCUACACUAUUUCUGUUGCAACAAUCAUCAAAGGUUUUUGCUACACAUUACAUUAAUUUGGUCUGUCCAUCAUUUGAUUAUUAUGUUAAUUUAUUUUCACUUGCUCUGAAUUCUCUUCUAUUACUAUACUGAUCCAAGAGAAAUGAUUUGCCCAUUGGGUAACUGAUCUAUUGCCAUCUAUUUUUCUCCUUUUUCACAAAAAGCUAUUUCCUCUAGUACUUAAGGAAGAAUUGAGUGUUAAAAUGAAGAAAGUUUUAAACAGCAUAAAUUAUACAAUUUCAUUUUUGAUUGCUGUAAAAUUACUUACUUGCACAAUAUUGCCUCUGGAAAACAUCAGGCAGUUUUUGAGGUAAACACUAGUUUCUCAAUUAAUUCCCACUACUGGCCCUUUCACAAUUAUUAAAUAGUCUACCUUUCGAAUUUACUACUUGAUACUUUCCUCUAUGUAAGGAAUCAUACAUGGCUGAAAGAUGCCAAUAAAUUACUAAAUUGAGUCAUUCAUAUAUUUAAGAUUGUAAAACAUUUUGCCAAGGACAUGUAAUAAAUAUUGAACAAAAGGUUUCUUUGGUUCCUUCAUGACUUCUACCCAACCUGUUUGACAAUUUUCUUCACAAUCCAAUGUCCAUUGUUUUAU